AUGCAGCUUAAGGAGAUAACGAUUCAGUCUUCUGGCGGGUACACAUCAACCCUCACUGCAGUCACGCUACACUGUGCACGCAUCCCUCUGCCUCGCUCCCAAGCUGACAUACCUGUAGCCUCGGAUGCAGGCUCGGCCCGAGCCUCCGGUGCAGGCUUGGAAAGAGGUUUAGGAGGCUUGGACGGAAGGCGUGGGACUGCAGAAGGUGUGGAAAGGAAGCAUUGGGUAAGGAGGAGGGAUGGGGCGAGUAGUAGCACGCACAGGCGCCUCAUUAGCCGCAGAAGUGACACCGACAGCAGCAGUGAGAUGAGUGAGAGGAACAUGAGGAGCACUUCUGGUGUGAGCAGGGACGGCGGGGAGAGCAGGGAACACAGAGAAACCAUGGAAGUCAGGGAGAUCAGAGUGAGCAGUGUUUAUGAUGGCAGGGAGGUGAGAGAGAGCAGAAGUCGCAGUGGCUCUGCCCCUGAGCCAGCAGACAAGGUACUCUCGAGAAGCAGCAGCGUGGAAUCAGCGUCUGGGUCCACUUUCAGGUCUCGCCUGGGCAGAGUGAUGCCCGAAUGGGUGAGGAGGGCGUGGAGUACCGUGAGGCACGCUGCGGCUGACCCCUCCGACGCACUGCAUUCGACUUUUGAGGCGUCUCAAAGGGCGUGGAGGGCCGUGAGGCACGCUGACCCUUCCGACGCACUGCAUUCGUCGCUGGUACUACAGCUGCCAUCAUCACCAUCCCCGUCACCAUCCCCCCCCUCCUCACCAUCCCCACCACCCCCGCCAUCCCCCUCGUCGAUGAUAUCACUGGACUCCUCCUCAUUCUCACCUGCCUCGUCGUUGCUAGCACCUGUACACCACGACCACAGGAACCAUCUGACAAACCUCACAACCGCUCUCCACUCAGAUGUGCUCAGAACCCUGUCGCUCAGGCGAGACCUGCGCAGCAUACAGCCUGGCAGACCCUCCCCUCUUCUUGCUGCCUCUGCUGCUUUUGCUGGUGCUACGGCUGCAGCUGCUGAUGCUACUGGAAGGCAAGGUGGAUUUGCUAAGGGCGCUGCUAACAUGGGACCUUCUGUACGAUCUGCUUCUGAUGCAAGGAACAAGGGGACAGAUGUGCCUGGUGAUGCUGCUGCAGCAGACAGGGAUGUAGCUUUUGCAAUGAGUGACGUGGCUACUGCAAACAGUGACGUGGUGACUGCCAACAGUGACGUGGCUACUGCCAACAGUGACGUGGCGGGGGCGAGAGAAGGGGGGGAAGCGACAGCAGCGGACGAGGGCGCGUUCAGUGGUUUCGGUGGCGAUGCUCGCUACUUCAAGAGGCUGGGGGGUGGCAGCAAUGCGUCGUGCAGCAGUGCAGAUACAGUGGAGGGGCUCUCCACGGUGUUCCCUGCGGAGCUGUCAGGGAAGCUGCGCAUCCUCCUUGAGGUCUCCUUCUCCCAUCUCCAUCUCCCUCGUGGGUCGUACAGCAGUGGCAGCAGUGCAGACACCUUCAUUGGAGGAGCUCUCUACACUCCUCCCUUCCCUUCCCUGCCGGGCUGCUCAAGGUGUUUGGGCAGCACGGACGAGAAGCCAUCACCACUGAGCUGGGCUUUAACCUUCUCAGGGCCCUCGUGGAGAGAGGUGGGUGGCGGAGAGGGAAGUGACGAAGAAAGGAGGAGGGUCAAGGUGUUUGGGCAGCACGGACGAGAAGCCAUUACUACCGAGCUGGGCUUUAACCUGCUCAAGGUUCUCGUGGGGGAGAGGGAGGUGGUUGAGAAGGGAGCGGCGGAGAAAAGCGACGAGUCGGGAGGAGGGGAGGAAGUUACGGAGGGAGAAGAGAAGGAAGGGAAGGGUGAAGGGAAAGAGGAGAAGAGUGAGGAAGUGGAGGAGAAGGGGGAGGGGGGUAGGGAGGGGGGAGGGAAGGAGGGGUCUGAGGGUGGAAUAAGGUGGGAGCAACUGGCUCUGAUCUGGCCACACCUGGUUAUCACGAUCGUGCCCAUGGAGAAUGUGAACGGGAGGAAGAAGGUGGAGGCAGGCGAGCUUUGUGAACGACGAAACGGGCGUGGUGUGGACAUUAACAGGAACUGGGACUGCGACUGGGGCGUGAAAGAAAAGGACUACAACCCUCUGGAGGAGGCUCCUGGGACCCACGCAUUCAGUGAGCCAGAGGCAGAGGCGAUGAGGCGGCUGGCGGUGUGGUUCCGACCGCACGUGUGGGUGAACGUGCAUUCGGGCAUGGAGGCGUUGUUUACUCCGCUGGACCACAGGGGGGAUGGUGUGGAUGCAAACACACUUGCAGCCAUGCACUCUCUCUUAGAGCGCCUGGAUGCAAGCCACUGUGGUGCUCGCUGUGUCAUCGGCUCUGGCGGGGGCUUUGUGGGCUACUUUGCCCACGGCACGGCCACUGACUGGAUGUACGAUGUGCUGCGAGUGCCACUCGCCUUCACGUUUGAGACAUUUGGAGAUGAGAGUUUUCCCACCUCCGACUGCUUCCCACUCUUCAACCCCAUCACAACUGAUAAGUUCCAGGUACCCACUCCGGCUCCCCUGUGCUAUCCCAUAGAGUAG